AUGAAGGUCGGAGAGAAAAUCGUUGAAGUACCCGAGUGUCUGCAUGCAUUUCAUACGAAUUGUUUGUUUCAGUGGUUCAGCACUCAGCUCUCCUGCCCUAACUGCAAAAGAGAUAUAUAUGCUGUUAUCAAAGAGCACACUGAAGCAGCAGCAGCAGCAGCAACAGCAGCAACAGCAGCAGCAACAGCAGCAACUGGAGGGGAGACACUAACAACAACUGCAGACAGAAGGGGGACUGCUACUGCUGCUGCUGCUGCAGCAACACCGGCAGCGCCAGCAGCAGCAGCAGCAGCAGCACGAGGAACACCAGCAGCAGCAGCACCAGUAACACCAGCAGCAGCAGCAGCAGCAACAGCAGCAGCAGCAGAGACAGCGAGGCCUUUGUUUUAUGCAGAUGAUGACACCUCCGUAGACACCGCAGAUGGCUGGGUGGACGUCGAGUUGGGGCCACGCACUGUUGGCUACCAGCGCUAG